AUGGCCAGCGGUCGGCCUCCUGGAAGUCAUCCAUCCGCUGGCCGGAGCGAUGACUUGCUGCAGCUGGAAGAGAACAACGCGUCGGUCUACAACACUGGCCAGCACCCGCCGGUAGACGAUGAUCGACUGCUGGAGCAGUAUAACAUCGACGAUUCCGAGCAUGCGCGACCGUCUGUUUCGUAUGAUGACUUUGUUGGGGCCAGGAAUCCAGCCGCUGCUGGGGCGCAUCCACGCACAGGGUUGCACAUUGACCAGGCCGGAAGUGAUCCAUAUCUCGGCGAGCCCGCACAGCGCACAUAUUCUCAGACUUCCGGUCUGAGUAAUUUUCAGAGGUAUUCGGAUAUUGACGACUACGAGGAUGAGCACAUGCACGGCUAUUACAAUGAUCUGGACGAGGACAACAUGCCUCCUAGUCAGCUUCGACAGCAGCACCAACGAAACAGCAUCCUGGCUCUGGGUGGUGGGUUCAUGGGCAAAGCGAAGAGCAUGCUGGGCAUGGGGUCCGAGUAUUCCGAAAUGGACCUACCCCUAACGGAAGCUGGAGCUCGAGGGUCAAGGCUGGGAGAGGGAGAUGACAGCAGCGUCAAAAGAGCGCAGAGGAAACGCGGCAGUUCUGGGUUUACGUUUGGUAGAAGAAAAGUCGACCCUUCAACCCUCGGACCUCGAAUCAUUAUGCUCAAUAAUGCGCCAGCCAAUUCUUCGCAAAAGUUCAUUAACAACUAUAUUUCAACGGCCAAGUACAACAUCAUCACGUUUAUACCCAAAUUUCUUUACGAGCAAUUUUCCAAAUAUGCCAACUUGUUUUUCCUGUUUACCGCCGCUCUGCAGCAGAUACCCAAUGUUACUCCCACAAAUCGAUAUACAACAAUUGUACCACUAGGCCUUGUCCUGAUUGUGUCCGCUAUUAAAGAGCUGGUCGAGGAUCAAAAACGAAGGUCUUCGGAUACCUCGCUGAAUACAUCCAAAGCUCAAGUUCUGAAAGGCUCCCAGUUUCAGGAGACGAAGUGGUUGGACGUCGCCGUAGGUGAUAUUGUCCGCGUGGAGUCUGAACAGCCAUUUCCCGCAGAUCUAGUCUUGUUGGCGAGCUCUGAACCAGAGGGUCUCUGCUAUAUUGAAACGGCAAACCUCGAUGGAGAAACCAAUCUAAAGGUCAAACAAGCCAUUCCAGAGACGUCGCAUCUUGUCAAUCCCAGUGAUAUGAGCAGGUUGAGCGGACGACUACGGUCUGAACAGCCGAACAGUAGUCUCUACACGUACGAGGCUACAUUGACAAUGCAUGCUGGGGGAGGUGAAAAGGAGCUUCCUCUGUCACCAGAGCAGCUUCUUCUCCGUGGUGCUACACUUCGCAACACCCCCUGGAUCCAUGGGAUCGUCGUGUUCACUGGUCACGAAACGAAGCUCAUGAGGAACGCUACUGCCACACCUAUCAAGAGAACGGCUGUUGAACACACUGUGAACUUGCAAAUUUUGAUCCUGGUCGGAAUCCUGAUAGCUCUAAGUGUCAUCACAUCAGUCGGCGACCUCAUCAUUCGUAAGACCUCCGGCGAAAAGCUGUCAUACUUGUAUUUAGGCACAUAUGAUGGGGCCAAGCAGUUUUUUAUGGACAUUGCGACCAACUGGGUGCUCUUUUCCAAUCUGGUUCCCAUUUCACUUUUUGUCACGAUUGAAAUUGUCAAAUAUUUCCAGGCUUUGCUCAUCAACUCCGACCUCGAUAUCUAUUACGACAAAACAGAUACCCCCGCAAUAUGUCGAACAUCUUCGCUUGUCGAGGAACUUGGCCAGAUUGAGUAUAUUUUCUCUGACAAAACUGGAACUCUGACCUGCAAUAUGAUGGAGUUCAAGCAGUGCUCCAUUGGUGGUAUUCAAUACGGCGGUGAUAUCCCCGAAGACAGAAAAGCGGUUCCGGGCAGUGAUAUUGGUGUUCAUGAUUUCAAGCAGCUGCAAGAGAACUUGCAAUCUCAUCCAACAGGAGAAAUCAUCCAUCAAUUCUUAGCAAUGUUGGCAACCUGUCAUACCGUCAUUCCCGAGAGGAGAGAUGAUAGACCUGGUGAAAUCAAGUACCAAGCGGCAUCCCCUGAUGAAGGUGCCCUGGUUGAAGGCGCUGUCAUGCUCGGAUAUCAGUUCACAAAUCGUAAGCCACGAUCCGUGCAGAUUUCUGUGAACGGCCAGGAGUAUGAGUAUGAACUAUUAGCGGUCUGUGAAUUCAACUCUUCGAGAAAAAGAAUGUCGACCAUUUUCCGGUGCCCUGAUGGCAAAGUUAGGGUUUUCUGUAAAGGUGCCGAUACGGUCAUCUUGGAACGUCUUCACCCAGACAAUCCGACAGUGGAAGUAACAUUGCAGCAUUUGGAGGAAUACGCAACCGAUGGUCUGCGGACGUUGUGUCUGGCAAUGCGCGAGGUUCCGGAAGACGAGUUCCAGCAAUGGAUCCAGAUUCACGACAAAGCUGCGACCACGGUUAGUGGUAAUCGCCAAGAAGAACUUGACAAGGCGUCGGAGAUAAUUGAGAAGGACUUUUACCUUCUCGGGGCUACUGCUAUUGAGGACAGACUACAAGAUGGAGUCCCUGACACUAUCCACACUCUACAACAAGCCGGUAUCAAGGUCUGGGUCCUGACAGGCGAUAGACAGGAGACGGCAAUCAAUAUUGGCAUGUCGUGCAAGCUCAUAUCAGAAGACAUGUCUCUGCUGAUUGUUAAUGAAGAAAACGCCAUGGCGACCGGUGAAACCCUUACGAAGAAACUUGCAGCCGCUCGGAGUCAACUAACCCAUGGAGCUGAGAUGGAACCUCUUGCGCUCAUCAUCGACGGCAAAUCAUUGACAUUUGCUCUAGAGAAGGACUUGGAAAAGCUCUUCCUAGAUUUGGCCGUGCUGUGUAAAGCAGUCAUUUGUUGUCGAGUCUCUCCUCUUCAGAAGGCUCUUGUUGUCAAACUUGUCAAACGUCACAAAAAGGCUCUUCUUCUGGCCAUUGGCGAUGGAGCCAACGAUGUAUCGAUGAUCCAAGCCGCGCAUGUGGGAGUCGGGAUCAGUGGUGUUGAGGGCCUUCAGGCUGCGCGUGCUGCAGAUGUUUCAAUUGGUCAAUUCCGAUACUUGCGAAAACUUCUUCUCGUUCACGGUUCAUGGUCGUACCAUCGCAUCAGCCAAGUUAUUUUGUUCUCGUUUUACAAGAACAUUGCUCUGAAUAUGACACAGUUUUGGUACUCUUUCCAAGAUGCCUUUUCAGGCGAGGUCAUUUACGAGUCAUGGACACUCACCUUCUUCAACGUUAUCUUUACCGUUAUGCCGCCAUUUGCACUUGGAAUUGUGGAUCAAUUUGUUUCUGCCAGACUUCUGGAUCGGUAUCCACAACUUUAUCAGCUGGGCCAGAAGGGCGUGUUCUUCAAGAUCCGGAACUUCUGGGCUUGGAUUCUCAAUGGUUUCUACCACUCCCUGCUUGCCUACAUCAUCGGGGAGGGCAUUUUCUAUGACGAUCUCAAGGAACAAAACGGCAUGGCAACGGGCCAUUGGGUCUGGGGUACAGCCAUGUACACAGCGGUCCUCGUAACAGUCCUCACCAAGGCAUCUUUGAUUACCAACUGGUGGACCAAGUACCACCUAAUCGCCAUUCCAGGAUCCCUUCUCUUAUGGAUUAUAUUCCUGCCUGCCUACGGUUAUGCCGCCCCUGCCAUUGGAUUUUCCCGAGAAUACCACGGAAUUAUCCCUGUUGUGUUCUCCAUACCACAAUUCUACCUCAUGGCCGUCCUGAUUCCCGCCAUCUGCCUACUUCGUGACUUCGUGUGGAAGUAUGCCAAGCGCAUGUACCGGCCGCAGCCAUACCACCAUGUGCAAGAAAUCCAAAAGUACAAUGUUCAAGACUACCGGCCGCGCAUGGAACAGUUCCAGAAGGCCAUCCGCAAAGUCCGCCAGGUGCAGCGCAUGCGCAAACAGCGCGGCUAUGCAUUUAGUCAAGCGGACGAGGGCGGACAGCAAAUGAGGAUCGUCAAUGCGUACGAUACGACCAAGAGUCGCGGUCGGUAUGGUGAGAUGGGCAGUUCGCGGCCAUUGCAAUGA